ACCCAGCUCCUGAGUGGACUGAUUGUGGGAGCUCUCUAUAGACUGAACUUUUUUACCAGUCAUUUGUUAGUUAGCAGUUCCACUCAGUCAAAUAAGGAGGGCUUUGCCAAGUUAGGAGAUAAACAGCACGUUUUCUUCCUCUACACUAAAACUUACAGAGGUGACGAACAUGGUAAAUCUGAAUCUAGAGAGAUUAUUUCAUGGCACAAACACACAUUCUACUUCAUAGCACAGAAAGAUUCAGCCAAUUUGACAGUGGGGAGCAUGGAUGAAAAGACUGGGGUAUUUAUAGAUCACUUGACACUGGAACUUGUGGAAAAGAAACAGAACAGAACAAAUGGGACUGAUGUCCAGGCCCAUGUGGUGUACCUUCAUGAGUGGGGCUCCAUUCAUGGCUUUUGGAACUUUGUGGAGGAUGUCAGUCCUAUCACUGAAUACAUGUGGGCCAUAGGUUAUACACAAGGAGGGACACAGUUACAAGGCUUCAAUAGUGUGGGCCUCAGUAACUUUGCCUAUAAUUCUACAGUGACCUUGGUCCAUAAUUCCUACAUCUACGUGACAGCUCUAGCCAUCAAUUCAGUGGGUUUACAGGGAAUAGCAUACUCAGAAAAAAUUCUUGUGGAUCUGACUCCACCUGAUAUUGUGGGGGUCUACGAUGGAAGGCUUAGAAAUGAGGACCAGAGUGCCUGGACUGAUGCUGAGGUGGCAGUUAACUGGGACGUUAAUGACCCAGAAUCAGGAAUAGCUUACUGUGAAUGGGCCAUCGGUACCCAACCCCAGGGAGUGGAGUUGCAGGUCUUUGUAAAAGUUUCUAGUGGUGCCACAUCAGCCUUCAGAGACUUUGAUUAUAGUGUGCUACAGGGAAAAACUAUCUACACAAGUCUACGUUGUGAAAACAAUGCUGGUCUCCUCAGCUCUAAAUCGUCUAAUGGAGUAAAGAUAUCGAACCAGCCCCCCUCUGUGACUAGCGCUGUAGUGGAGCCUGUCCCCCAAUCUGUCACAGAAUACCAGGCCAGGGCCAGCUAUCAGAGUGUCACAGAUAACAUCAGACUCAGGUGGACCGGAUUCAGGGACCAUAUCGGGGUUGAACAGUACAAAGUAUCUAUCCAAGAAAACAAUUUCAAUUUGGUGGAGAAGAUGCCAUUCCCAGAAGGACAGAAUAUUAUGUUUACCAGUGUGAACAAUCUGGCCUUGACCUCGGGUCAGAUCAAUGUCACGACCCAGGCUUUCAGUGAGCUGCUCCUCAUCAGUGACAAGGUCAAGUCAGACAUCACAGUAUUUACUGACAAACCACUCAAACAUCCUACAAACCAGAUGACAAUCACUUGGAGUGCAGGUAAUAAGCAGUUUACCGUCUCCUGGGAUGGAGUCUUCAGCUCUCCACACCCCCUGUUUUACGAGGUAUCAGCUGGCAAGGUGAUUGGUGGAGGGGAGAUCGUCCAAUGGCAGGAGACGACACAGACUAGUAUCACAUUUGGCCUGCCCCCCGCCAUCACCAGCUGGUCUCGACUGAAGGUGUACGUUAUGGUGAGGGCCGUAGCCGCGGGAGGAAAGUAUGGGGACUCAGUGGGGGGUAUAACGUUACCUCCAUAAUGUCUUCAUUGACAGUAUCAGAACAUGGAUUGUUUAUCAAUUACAACAAUCAUUCUUAUACAACUAACACAUCUGAAAGUUAUCAAGUCAUUUUUUCAACUAUUAUAUCUGCACACUGUCAUAAAAACAAAUAUUUGCACUGGAAAAAAUACUUUAUAGCAUCCAUCUGUUAGAAUAAAAUCUUCUUCAGAAUAAUAAGGCCACGUUUAUAGUCAUAUUGAAGUUUUCUUUAUGCCACGUGGAUUCAAGUUUAAUGUAAAUCCUAACCUCGAGAGUCUAUGAGUGGAAAAAUAUAAAUAUCUUUCAUGGAAGAAUAGCAGGAUCAGUAUACUCAGGUGAACAUUGUGGUGUACGGGCUCCUUGUUAUGAAAAACCAAUUAUUUUUAGGGAGAAAUUAAAUAAAGGC